ACGUGGUCGCGCUCCCCGAGUCCCGCGCUGUGGCUUCACUCCCUUCCAGUCGCGUCGGAGCGCAGACGCGCACUUCGCGGAGCUCCCACCUCGACCGGCCCGAGAAGAUGCGCGGAACGAGGCUUUCUUUAAGGCGGGUAGCACUUUCCCGAGGAUUCCUCUGCUAAACCAGUUAUUUUUUUCUGCUGGGGAGGGCGGGGGGGUCUGAUGUUUGUCCUACGAGUGUCAUUGAGGAGAGGAUGCGUCUACUCAUUUGUGCGACUUUACUCGGAGUUUUUCUGGACGCAGGAAAUGCCCUUCAGAUCCAGUGUUACCAGUGUGAGGAGAUAAAUCAAAAUGACUGCUCAACGCCGGAAUACAUCGUCAACUGUACAGUCAACGUGCAGGACACAUGUCAGAAGGAGGUGUUGGUCAAACCUGAUGGGAUACAUUACCGGAAGUCUUGUGCAUCCUCUGGGGCCUGCCUUAUUGCCUCGUCUGGGUACCAACAGUUCUGCACCGGCAAGCUGAACUCGGUCUGCAUCACCUGCUGCAGCACCCCGCUCUGCAAUGGGCCAAAGAGGAGGCGUCCUGUACAAUCGGCAGCAACAUGGACGCACCCCGCCCCACUCCUCCUGCCGGCACUGAUGCUCCUCUGUCUGGCAUCAACUACAUCUUUGCUUUAAAGGCUUUACUGAAGCUUCUAAUGCUAGUUUUCAGAUUCACACCUUUGGUAUUUUGGGUUGUAGGUCAUGCUUGUAUGUGUGCGCAGAUUUAAUGAUAGUUUAAGAUAUUUUUAUUUUUUUGGCCCAUUUAAGCCAAUGCAUUUAUUUUAUUUCUGCUUUUAUUAAAUGAGUUGUUUGUGGACACAAAGCAUUUCAUUUACAGCAAUCAAUGCUUUUAAAAUGUGCAGGCGGAACUAUUUUUGUUGUUUUUAAAUAAAUUUAUUUUGUCUUUGUUGAUCUGAAAAUAUCGAUUAUAUCUUUUGUGUUAGAUUUAAUCUAAAUACCGAGUUUAAAAAAGCAUUUUUCCCAUUUUUAUGCAUAUUACCAACUCCUACAUAGUAUUGAUUAUUUUACUGAAGGGAAUAUGAGAGAUACUGUUGGAAGGUUCCAUCAGAUUUAUUGUUUUUUUAUCCUCGGCUAUAAAACUGAAAUUAUUCUGUCAUGUAGGUUGAAAAACUCACAAAGGGCCUUUUUACGACUCCUUAAAGUUAUAUUAUUUUGUGGAAUGAGAUAUUGAACAGAUGGUAAAGAGGAGCUUUUUUUAAAAUGAGAAAACAAGCUAAGCACUAAUAAACUUGCACUGGAGAGCUGUUUCAUUACCGGUACUUUUUUUUUCCCACUUAGUUAUGCCUGCAUGCAUCCCCUCCUGUGCCCCAAACCCAAAAAACAUAAUUAAUGGUGUUUUUAUAUUCAGAUCAACACUUAUAUACAUUUGCAUUUUUGGUUUUCCUUAUUGAUUGCUUUAUAAUUGCUUCUCAGGACACAGAGUUUAUGAUUUAUGUUGAAUUAAAUAGACACGACACUCUGUCACAUUGAUGUUUUAACUGCUUUCACGGCAGUUUUUUUUUUUGGCAAAGAGGAAUAAAUUGAGAAUAGAUUGGUAUUAAUUUUAGUUAUUCUAUCAAGGCUAUAUUUGUGGCAGAUUUUUUUAAUAUUUGUUUAAUUUAUUAGUCUUCAGUGAAGAGUACUGGUACUUGUGUUCUGCUGAUGUAAUGUAAAUAAAUGUUGCAGAAAAAUGAGA